AUGAGUAACCCUUACGGAUAUGAAAUGAAUGAUUUGAAAGGAUCAGAUCAAAAUGAUUUUGUUGGAUUUAUGAACGAAAUUCAAGAUAUCAAUAAUCAAUUAGAUCAAUAUGGUAAUUUAAUUUCAUUAAUCAGUAAUAAACAAAGAAAUUUAAUACAAGAAAUUGAAUUAAACACUGAAGAUAGUGAAUAUAAUAGUAGACAAGUUGAUUCAUUAAUUGGAGAAGCCAAAACUUUACAAGAUAAUUUAAAAUCAAGAAUUAGUUCAAUGCAAGUUUCAUCAGUUCAUAAAAAUGAAAAGGCAAGAAUUGAUCAAAUUGAAAAUUGUAGACAAAGAUUUUUAGAAGAAAUUCAAGAAUAUAGAAUCAUUGAAAAUCAAAAUAGAGAACAAACCAAAUUACAAGCUGAAAGACAAUAUAAAAUUAUCAAACCGGAUGCUUCAGAACAAGAAAUUAGAGCUGUUGUUGAAGAUGGUUCAGAUUCUCAACAAUAUUUCCAACAAGCUUUAAUGCAAAGUAAUAGAAGAGGUGAAGCCAGAACUGUUUUAAAUGAAGUUCAAACUAGACACCGUGAAUUAUUGAAAUUAGAAAGAACUAUGGCUGAAUUAACUCAAUUAUUCCAUGAUAUGGAAGAAUUAGUUAUUGAACAAGAUCAAGCUAUUCAACAAAUCGAUGAACAAGUUGCAACUGCUCAACAUGAUAUUGAACAAGGGGUCGGUCACACUAAUAAAGCUGUUAUCUCUGCUAAAAAAGCCAGAAAGAAGAGAUUAUGGUGUUUCUUAAUUUGUCUUAUUAUUGUUGCUAUUUUAGCCGUUGUUUUAGGUGCUUACUUCGGUACCAGAUAA